AAGAGUAGAAGCAAAAAGGCUUGGAGCUUUAUUUUUGCUUUUUUUCUUUCUUCUAGAAAACAUGAUCUUGAGUUUCCGAGUAAGAUUCUUUUAAAGAGAGUGUGAGAAAAUGAUGGCUCUGAUGAAUUGUGCAUAUUCCUCUUCUUCUUCUUCCUCUCCCACUUCUUCUUCUUCAUAUUCUCCGAGGAACAGAGAGAACAUGGUUUUGCAGAGUGUAGUUGAUAUGUCACCUUCAAGUUUCUCUUCCGACAGAAAAUCUAUUUUACCUAUUGAGAAGACUUUAAUAACUCACCAAAAUUCCAGUCUCUGCUUGAUCCCAAAGAAGUCUUCAGAAGAAUUGAAGAUGGAAAUUGCAUCAAUUGAGAUAGAGAUUCUACACAUGGAACGAUAUCUCUUAUCUCUUUACCGAAAAUCUUUCGAGCAGCAACUUCCUAAUUCCUUCUCUAAUCUCUCUGCUACUACUACCUUAUCUCGUUCUGUGACUACUUCACCAACAUCACUAACUCAUUAUCAAUCUUACCAAAAACCAAUUUCUUAUCCUCGGAGUUUCAACACUAGUUUAAAAGCCUUAUCUUCAAGGGAAGGGACUAGAGUAGUUUCUGGUAAUCACAGUCUUGGAGAGCUUUUAGGAUCAUCUCAUAUAGUUGAUCAUAGUAACCUCAUAAACCCGAAUAAACUCUCUGAAGAUAUCAUGAGAUGCAUUUCUUCUGUGUAUUGUACACUUUCAAGAGGAUUAACGAGUACCAAUUCCACUUGUUUCCCUGCUUCUCCGGUUUCGUCAUUGUCGAAUGCCUCAACCAUUUUCUCUUCCAAAUCUAAUUAUGACGAUAAAUGGAGCUUGAAUUGCGCGAGUGAGGAUCAUUUUCUGAAUCACUGUCAAGAUCAAGGCAAUGUUUUGCCUUGUGGUGUUGUUGUAAUAGAGGCUCUUAGAGUACAUUUAGACGAUGCUAGUUUCGGUUACGCUGCUCUUAUGCUGCAAAACUUCAGAUCACUGGUUCAAAAUCUUGAGAAAGUUGAUCCGAGUAGAAUGAAACGCGAAGAGAAGCUCGCGUUUUGGAUAAACAUUCACAAUGCUCUUGUGAUGCAUGCUUACUUAGCUUAUGGAACUCACAACCGCGCAAGAAACACAUCGGUUUUGAAGGCAGCUUAUGAUAUUGGAGGCUAUCGAAUAAACCCGUUUAUCAUCCAAAGCUCAAUCUUAGGAAUCAGACCUCAUUACACAUCACCAUCACCUUUACUCCAAACUCUGUUUUCGCCUUCAAGAAAGUCGAAAACUUGCAGUGUUAGACACAUUUACGCAUUGGAAUACCCCGAGGCUUUAGCUCAUUUCGCUAUUUCUUCAGGGGCAUUCACAGAUCCUACGGUUCGGGUUUACACGGCGGAUAGAAUAUUCCGGGAUCUAAGACAAGCAAAACAAGAGUAUAUCAGAAGUAAUGUUCGUGUUUACAAAGGGACAAAGAUUUUGUUGCCAAAGAUCUUUCAGCAUUAUGUUAAAGACAUGUCAAUGGAUGUGUCUAAGCUCAUGGAAGCAACAGCUCAGUGUUUACCAGAAGAUGCGAGGAAAAUUGCUGAGAAAUGUUUGAAGGAGAAGAAGAGUAAGAAUUUUGAAUGGUUACCGGAAAAUUUGAGUUUCCGACGACGGUGGGGGAUGGAAUUGGAGCAACUUAAGAAGUCUGUAGAGGAGAACCCAGAUGAUUCUUCUCUACAAUUCGAACUCGGUUUGUAUCUAUGGGAUAAUGGUGGAGAUUCAGAGAAAGCGGCGGAGCACUUUGUGUUGUCGGCGAAAUCAGACCCGAAUAAUGCGGUGGCCUUUAAGUAUUUAGGGCAUUACUACUCGCGUGUGACGCUUGAUCUUAAUCGAGCUGCUAAGUGUUACCAGAGAGCAGUGUUGAUAAACCCUAAUGAUUCUGAUUCUGGAGAAGCUUUGUGCGAUUUAUUUGAUAGACAAGGGAAAGAGAUUUUGGAAAUUGCGGUUUGUCGUGACGCUUCUGAGAAGUCUCCAAAGGCUUUCUGGGCCUUUUGCAGAUUGGGUUAUAUUCAGCUUCAUCAGAAGAAGUGGUCUGAAGCUGUUCAAAGCCUUCAACAUGCAAUUAGAGGUUAUCCUACCGUGUCUGACUUGUGGGAAGCUCUAGGUCUUGCUUACCAGCGACUUGGAAUGUUUACUGCUGCUAUCAAGGCGUAUGGCCGUGCCAUUGAGUUAGAUGAGACCAAAAUUUUUGCAUUAGUGGAGAGUGCAAAUAUCUUUUUGAUGCUUGGUUCAUAUAGAAAGGGUGUGGAGCUAUUUGAGCAAGCACUGAAAAUUUCACCUCAGAAUAUUUCUGUGCUCUAUGGUCUUGCUUCUGGAUUGCUUAGUUGGUCAAAGGAAUGCAUAAAUUUGGGCGCAUUUGGAUGGGCAGCUUCGUUGUUGGAGGAUGCCCGUAAAGCUGCAAAAGCAAGCAGUGAACUGGCCAGCAGCAUGUCUUGUAUAUGGAAAUUGCAUGGAGAUAUUCAGCUUACAUACGCAAGAUGCUUUCCAUGGUCUGGUGGAACUGAAAACUCAGAAUUCACUUUGAAGGCAUUGAGUGAUUCAAUUCUUUCUUGGAGAAGCAUUUGUUACUCAGCUGCAUUGUCAGCCAAAGCUUCUUACCAGCGAGCUCUACACUUAGCCCCAUGGCAAGCUAAUGUUUAUACCGACAUAGCCAUAGCUUGUGAUCUUGUUUCAAGUUUAGGCGAUGACUCUGAUACUUCAAGUUCUUGGAAACUACCAGAAAAGAUGGCUCUGGGAGCAUUAUUGCUGGAAUGCGAAAACUCGGAGUUCUGGGUUGCUUUGGGUUGUAUGUCUGAUAAUAGUGCUUUGAAACUACAUGCUUUGAUCCGGGCAUUGCAUUUAGAUGUAUCUUUAGCCGUUGCUUGGGCUUUUAUGGGCCAGAUCUUCAGGGAAUCGGAUGAAAUGAAAUUUGCAAAGCAGGCUUUUGAUUGUGCUAGAAGCAUAGAUCCUACACUUGCGCUACCUUGGGCUGGCUCAGCUGAUACUUAUGCGAGGGAGUCAACAUCAGAUGAGGCUUUUGAGAGUUGUUUACGAGCUGCACAGAUAUCACCUCUUGCAGAAUUCCAAGUUGGUUUGUCAUGGCUUGCUUUACUGCAGGGAAAUAUAUCAUCUCCGCAGAUUUUUGCUUGCAUUGAGCAGGCAGUGCAGCGCACCCCUUAUUACCCUGAAUCCCAUAACCUCCACGGGCUAGUUUGCGAGGCAAGGCAUAAUUAUCACACUGCUAUUGCUUCUUAUAGGCUAGCACUAGCUGCAAUGAGUAUUUACCCCGACAAUUCAGUAAAAUCUCAUGCUGGAAAAGUAUCGAUAAACUUGGUCAGGUCACUCAGCAAGGCUGGACGAUUCAAAGAAUCUGUUAUGGAAUGCGCUAAUUUGAAGUCAAAAGGUUUGCUUGAUGCCGGAGGUUUGCAAAUAUAUGCUUUCUCUCUGUGGAAGACUGGUCAGAAUGAUUCGGCUCUUUCAGUGAUUAGGGAUCUGGCUGGUAGGAUUUCUACAAUGGAAAAAACCUCAAUAGCCUUCCCAAUCAGCUUCAUCUGUAGUCUACUUUAUUGUAUAUCUGGGUUAGAUUCUGCUAUCACCAGCAUCCAGAAAAUGCCUAAGGAUUUCUUCCAGAGUUCGAAAAUCAGCUUUAUAGUAUCUGCCAUCCAUUCUCUUGAUCUGAGUGAUAGACUUCAGUCGAUUGUUGCAAGCACUCGUAGCUAUAUAACAUCACAAGAAGAAAUAGUUGCAAUGCACUAUUUGAUAGCACUCAGCAAAUUGCUGAAAACUGGAGCAGGAGAUUUCCUUGGAUUUGAGAAGGGGAUUGCCCACCUCAGAAAAGCUAUUCAUAUGUAUCCUCAUAGUAAUUUGAUAAGGAACCUGCUUGGAUAUAUUUUGUUAGCUGGUGAAGGAAUGAAAGAUGCCUGUACUGCUAGUAGGUGUUGUAUCAUAAAUGUAUCUGAGUGUGCAAAUAAGGAAGGUCUGAAGUCCGCAUUGGAGGUCCUUGGUGGAGGAUCGGUUGCUUGCAAUGUAAUUGGCAAUACAGCUCCAAGGUUCUCAUUUCCGACAUGCCAUUGUCAGUAUCUGAAUGCUCCUGUUGUUGUUGUGGAACUGCAAAGAUUCUUGCAUCAAGAACCUUGGAACAGCGGUGUAAGAUACUUGCUUAUUCUGAAUCUCGUGCAGAAGGCACGUGAGCAGAGAUUUCCUCGCCAGCUUUGUAGUGCUAUUGAGCGUCUAAUCUCUGUGGCACUCUCUGAUGAGACAUGUUCGAAGGAAGGCGAGUAUCAAAAGUUCCAGCUUCUGCUUUGUGCUUCUGAAAUCAGUUUGCAGAAGGGAAAUAUAGUAGAGUCCAUUGCCCAUGCUGGAAAGGCUUCUUCCCUUUCGCUUCCACGUAGCUACCUAUUCCUAGGACAUUUGCAACUUUGCCGUGCCUAUGCAGCAAAAGGGAGUACCAGAAACAUGCAAGAGGAAUACAGAGCGUGUUUGGAGCUCAAGACUGACUCAAAUAUUGGUUGGAUUUGCCUGAAGCUCAUAGAAUCUCAGUAUGAUCUGGAACCUGAUGCUAACCUCUUAGAGAUGAGUUUACAAGAAUGCUCGAGCCAGAAGAAGAAUUCAUGGAAAGAAUGGAUGGGUGUAUACAGUUUAGCUCGUGGCUUAGAUUCUAUCGGGAAAAAAGACUUUUUCUCAGCAGAGGAAUUCCUUGCACAAGCUUGUUCGUUGCUAAAUUCAGAGAGCUGUCUACUUCUCUGCCAUGGUGCUGUCUGCAUGGAGCUGGCUAGACAGUCUAAUGAUUCGCAGUUCCUCUCAUUAGCUGUAAAGAGUCUUAGCAAAGUUCAAGCUAGUUCGUUGAUUCCUUUACCUAUCGUGUAUACAUUAUUAGCUCAAGCACAUGGAAGUCUUGGCUCUAAAGAGAAAUGGGAGAAAAAUCUUCGUCUCGAAUGGUUCUGCUGGCCACCAGAAAUGAGACCUGCAGAGGUUUACUUCCAGAUGCAUAUACUCGCAAGACAAUCAGAAGACAGACCGGAAACCGCUUCAGGGAUUGAAAACUAUCAAAGCCCUGAGAAAUGGGUGGUUAGGGCGAUUCACACUGAUCCUUCUUGUCUGAGAUAUUGGAAGGUCUUGGAUAAGCUUGUUCAACAUCCCAUGAGCUGAGAACCACAAAUUGAAAUCCAAUCCCAGAACAGAGAAGAGCCCAGAGCAGAACAGUUGGUAUUCUGUUCUUUUUUCCUUCCAUGUAGUUUGUGUAACAUGUAGUUUUUGUGUAACACCAAAUAGAAACACAGUGGAAUAGGAUUCAUCAUGUACAUUGAAACUGAAACAAGAAGAUGCAGUUUUUUUUUUAAAUGAACUAUGAUUUUGGAU